AUGGCUUUUAGAAUCAUUAUUCUCUUUUAUCUACUCUAUGUCUUUGGCAGGACAGUGUCCAAAAAAGGGGUUAAAUGUGGGGGUAUCCUCUCCGCUCCCAUGGGAAACGUGACCAGCCCCAACUUCCCAGGCUUGUACCCUUAUGACACUGAGUGCUCCUGGCUGAUCGUGGUGUCUGAGGGCUCCUCUGUCCUCCUGACCUUCUACCACUUUGAGCUGGAAUUCCACACUGACUGCGCCUACGACUAUAUCAAGAUCUACAAUGGCAUUUCUGAAGAUGAGGGCAACCUGCUUGGGAAGUUCUGUGGGGACAUCUCACCCCCACAGUUCACAUCGUCCUGGAACGUCAUGUCCAUCAUCUUCCGCUCCGAUCGCCAUGUGGCUCACAGAGGCUUCUCCGUAGGGUACAGGAAAGACAUGUGUGGCGGAGUCCUCACUGGCCUCUCAGGAAUCAUAUCCAGCCCAGGCUACCCCACUGAGUACAGCAACAAUGCAGACUGCUCUUGGGCCAUACACGUGUCCAAUCUCACUGUGGUCACCCUGGUUUUCCUGGACUUCCAGCUGGAGAACAAUGAAGGUUGCAACUUUGACUUUGUAGCCCUCUUUGAUGGGCCUACUGUCACCCACAGACACCUGGGGAACUAUUGUGGUAAUGAUCUCCCACCUGACACUGUCACCACCUCCAACCAGCUUCUGGUGGUCUUCAGGUCAGACUUCAACAUUGGAGGAAGGGGAUUUAAGGCUUACUACUACUCAGGAGAAUGCCAGCAGGUCCUCACAGCUAUCAGAGGGAACUUUACCAGUCCUCACUAUCCCAGCAUCUACCCCAAUAACAUCAAUUGCCACUGGAUGAUCACCUUGGCAGCUGGGUAUAGGAUCAAGUUAUACUUCAAUAGCAUGGAGCUGGAGGACAGAAACAGCUUGACAGAUGAGUGUGACUAUGACUCGGUUGUCGUGCACGAUGGGGGCAGCAAGACAGACCCCUUGCUGGGGAGCUGGUGCAGCUCGGAGCAGCCCCCAUCCCUGCUCUCCAAGGGCAACAAGCUGCUGGUCAUCCUCAGCAGUGACCGAAACUCAGCUUUUAAAGGCUUUAGCGCUUCCUAUGUAGGGGUGGUGCCCAUCAAUGUCAGCUGCACAAGGACUGAGUUCCAAAUCCAGAUCUCCAAGCAGUCUCUGCCAAACUUGGAUCGAGAGAACAUUUACCUUGGGAACCCAUCCUGCUCAGCCCAGAUGACUGCCACUGAAUAUAAGAUCCUGGCUCGAUUUGUGAACUGUGGCACUGCCAACCAGAAGCGUAGGAACAUCACAGUCCUGCUCAACACCCUUUACAUCGACCUUUCGGACAGCAAGCAGCAGAACGUGCAGGAGUACGAGGUGCAAUGUGAUGCCCAGCGGAAGGUGGCUUCUCUGAGCAUCGUCUCUGUGGAGGAACGCAACCGGCUGAAUGAGCUGGCCCGACGCUUGGAGGAGGCCAACAGUGGGGACGGGCUGGAAGAAAUUGUAGAGCCCCCUGAAACCAGUGACAUUGUCUUCAUCAGCAUCUGUGUGCUGGCCAUUGUCCUCAUGGUGAUAGCCAUUGUGUGGCUGGUGUUGCUUUAG